UGGACGGGUACCGGAACAUCAUGGGCGGGAAGCUCAGCCUCAAGGCCAAGGGGAUCCCGGUCAAGGCGAAGAAGGCGAAGAAGGCGAAGAAGACGAGCCGCAAGCAGCAUGAAGACGGCGAGGAUGGAGAGGUAGCUGCGAAGAAGUCGACGUCCAAGAAGGUUCGGGUCGACGACGACGUCGUCCUCGUCCCGAUGGGUAGCAUGACGGAGGCGCAGAAGAAGCAUGCCAAGUUCAAGUCCAAGCGCGAAGAGGAAGAUAUCCGCAAGCAAGCGUCCAAGACGUACCGCGAGCGCGUCGAAGAGUACUCGACGUACCUCGGCAACCUCACCGAGCACCACGACGUUCCGCGCGUCUCGGCAGCCGGCAACGGCUAAGUCAACCGAAUGGAACACUCGUAUUAUGCUAUGUAGCGA